GUGCGCUUCUCCAAGGAUGUGCGCAGCAUGGUGGUGCGCCGAGCCAUGCUGAAAGCCAUGUACGACCAGCACCCUGAGACCUUCCCCGAGGACACUCUCAAGCAACUGGCGUACGACGGCCAGAACACCCUCUUUGCCCUGCGCGCGCUCAACAUCCCGUCGCCCAAGGCGUUCCCUAUCAAGAUUAUGGACGAGCGACCCCCGCCAGCAACGCGAGGAGAUGACGGGGAGGCGGCUUUGAAGAGGCCGCGCAGGGACGAGUCGAGGCCGCCAAGAGUGAAGGAUGAGUUGGAAAUCACCCUCACACAGGUGGCGGAGGUUGAUCUUUCGACCAUCAAGGCCGCCAUCACCCCAGCGGGCACCUCUGCUCCUGUCUUCGCCCCGGACGCCCUCCGCGCUCUCGAUGUGAAGCUGCGCGACUACGCUGCCCAGCGCUUCCUCCUGGUGAAAGACAAGUUCUUUGACCGGAACUUUGGCCGCGUGGCCCCUCUCCCAGGUGGCAUUGAGGCAUGGACUGGCUUCAAUGUCAGCUUCAGACCCAUCCACAACGCACUGGCGCUCAACCUGGACAUCGUGACGGCGUGCAUGGUGCAGCCCAUCCCUGUGUUGGACCUGCUGGGACAUCUCCUCAACCGCAACCCGGCCAACCACCUGACCGACGCCGAACGGAUCAGGCUGAAGGGUAUCCUCAGGAACCUGCGGGUGGAGGGAAGGCCUAGCGGGCAGAAGCACAAGGUGUAUGACCUCACACGCGAUGGGGCUGCUGACCUCAGGUUCAACAAUCGGCGCAAUAACAAUGAGAGCCAGAGCGUGGCAGAGUAUUAUAAGCGACAGCACGACAUCACCCUGCGCUUCCCCAACCUGCCCUGCAUUUCUGCGUCCAACCGGCCGAACAAGCCCUGCUGGAUUCCGCUCGAGCUAUGCAGCGUGGUGGACGCACAGAGGUAUCUGCGCCAGCUGACACCGCAGCAGGUGGCAGCCAUCGGCAAUCUGCGCCUCAAGCCCGACAAGCGCCGCGACGAUAUCUCCAACGCGGUGGGAGCAGCGGGUCUGGCGAACAACCCUCAUCUGGAGGCGUUUGGAAUGCACAUCCAGCCCAGGAUGAUGCAGGCUGAUGGCCGCCAGCUGGAGCCUCCCGUUCUGCAGUUCGGCGGGGGCACCAUGCAGCCUCGGGAUGGGCAGUGGAACAUGAACCAGCAGCGCAUGUUUGCGCCGGCCGAAAUCAAGUCGUGGGCGGUGGUGUGCUUCGACCACCGCGUGAGGGACCCCAUGCAGGUGGCAACUGCUCUCAGGGACUGCUGCGGGCGGAAAGGGCUGGUCAUCAGCAGCACCUCUCCAGUGGUAAUUGUGGAGGACACGCGGUCAGCACCGCCAGAGAAGCUGGUGGAGCGGGCUAUCGAGCGCCUCAAGAAAUCUGAGCCUGCUUUCAUUGUCUGGAUCCUGGAUGCCCGCAAGACCAGCCCGCUGUACGCGCCCAUCAAGAAGCUGUGUGACACGCGCAUAGGCGUGCCCACGCAGUGCAUCGUGCAGCCGCCCAAGGGCUUUAACGACCAGUACCUUACAAAUGUGGCGCUCAAGAUGAACUUGAAGAUGAGGGGCGUGAACUGGGUGCUCACAGACACCGUCAGGAAGUCCAUGCGUGCGCUCGCUGGGAAGCCCACAAUGAUCUUUGGCCUCGACGUCUCCCACGGCGCUCCGGGCAGCCGCGCUCCCUCCAUCGCUGCUGUGGUUGCAACCAUGGACCCUCAUGCCAGCAAGUACGCCGUGCGGGCACGCGCACAGCACAGGAGGCAGGAGACCAUACUUGGGCUCUUUGAUUCAGAGAUUGCCACUGGCGGCAUGCUUUGUGAGCUGAUGAACGAUUUCGGCAACGCCAACAAGUGUGGGCCCCAGCGCAUCAUCGUGUACCGGGACGGCAUCAGCGAGUCGCAGUUUCCAUCGGUGGGCGCGGCAGAGCUGCAAGCGUUCCGCAAGGCAUUUGAGUUCAUGGGCAAGAAGAUGGGGGAGCCGUCCUUCCGCCCCCCCAUCACCUACAUCGUGGCACAGAAGCGCAACAACGUGCGCUUCCUGCCGUCCCAGGGCGGCUUCAACGUGCAGCCGGGGACCAUCGUGGACCGCGAUGUGACCCAUCCUUUCUUCUUCGAUUUCUACAUGGUCUCGCACAAGGGGCUGCUGGGCACCAGUCGGCCAGUGCACUACCACGUGUUGCACGAUGAGAAUGGAUUCACAGCAGACGAGAUUCAACACCUCACACACUCCCUCUGCUACAAUUACGGGAGGUGCACUCGAGCCGUCUCCACUGGUACGCCCUCCCUCUCCCUACAGCCCCUUCACAACAUGUUACAGCCCCUUCACAACAUGUUACAGCCCCUUCACAACAUGUUACAGCCCCUUCACAACAUGUUACAGCCCCUUCACAACAUGUUACAGCCCCUUCACAACAUGUUACAGCCCCUUCACAACAUGUUACAGCCCCUUCACAACAUGUUACAGCCCCUUCACAACAUGUUACAGCCCCUUCACAACAUGUUACAGCCCCUUCACAACAUGUUACAGCCCCUUCACAACAUGUUACAGCCCCUUCACAACAUGUUACAGCCCCUUCACAACGUGUUACAGCCCCUUCACAACGUGUUACAGCCCCUUCACAACGUGUUACAGCCCCUUCACAACGUGUUACAGCCCCUUCACAACGUGUUACAGCCCCUUCACAACAGGUUACAGCCCCUUCACAACGUGUUACAGCCCCUUCACAACAUGUUACAGCCCCUUCACAACAUGUUACAGCCCCUUCACAACGUGUUACAGCCCCUUCACAACAUGUUACAGCCCCUUCACAACAUGUUACAGCCCCUUCACAACAUGUUACAGCCCCUUCACAACAUAUUACAGCCCCUUCACAACGUGUUACAGCCCCUUCACAACGUGUUACAGCCCCUUCACAACAUGUUACAGCCCCUUCACAACAUGUUACAGCCCCUUCACAACGUGUUACAGCCCCUUCACAACAUGUUACAGCCCCUUCACAACAUGUUACAGCCCCUUCACAACGUGUUACAGCCCCUUCACAACAUGUUACAGCCCCUUCACAACGUGUUACAGCCCCUUCACAACGUGUUACAGCCCCUUCACAACAUGUUACAGCCCCUUCACAACGUGUUACAGCCCCUUCACAACAUGUUACAGCCCCUUCACAACGUGUUACAGCCCCUUCACAACAUGUUACAGCCCCUUCACAACAUGUUACAGCCCCUUCACAACAUGUUACAGCCCCUUCACAACAUGUUACAGCCCCUUCACAACAUGUUACAGCCCCUUCACAACGUGUUACAGCCCCUUCACAACAUGUUACAGCCCCUUCACAACGUGUUACAGCCCCUUCACAACAUGUUACAGCCCCUUCACAACGUGUUACAGCCCCUUCACAACGUGUUACAGCCCCUUCACAACGUGUUACAGCCCCUUCACAACGUGUUACAGCCCCUUCACAACAUGUUACAGCCCCUUCACAACAUGUUACAGCCCCUUCACAACAUGUUACAGCCCCUUCACAACAUGUUACAGCCCCUUCACAACAUGUUACAGCCCCUUCACAACAUGUUACAGCCCCUUCACAACAUGUUACAGCCCCUUCACAACAUGUUACAGCCCCUUCGCAACAUGUUACAGCCCCUUCACAACAUGUUACAGCCCCUUCACAACAUGUUACAGCCCCUUCGCAACAUGUAA